CUCAUCAAGGUACUGUGAGAGGUACAAGUGUGGAAAACAAGAGGCUGUAUUACGUCCCAGUGAAACCAUUUCAGUGCGGAACCCACAGCAGGAGCAGUCAUCUUUUUCUCACUCGUACACCUCAGGUAAAAGCCAUGGGUAAAGGAGAUCCUAGUAAGCCCAGGGGGAAGAUGUCGUCCUAUGCCUACUUCGUGCAGACCUGCCGAGAGGAGCAUAAGAAGAAACACCCGGACUCUUCCGUCAACUUCGCAGAGUUCUCCAAGAAGUGCUCAGAGAGGUGGAGGACCAUGUCUGCCAAGGAGAAAUCCAAGUUUGAAGAUCUGGCCAAAGGUGACAAGGUCCGUUAUGAAAGGGAAAUGAAAACCUAUAUUCCACCAAAGGGGGAGAAGAAGGGAAAGAAAAAGAAGGACCCAAAUGCACCAAAACGACCACCAUCCGCCUUCUUCCUGUUUUGUUCUGAGCAUCGGCCCCAGAUAAAGACUGAAACCCCUGGUCUGUCAAUUGGGGAUACCGCUAAGAAACUGGGAGAGCUGUGGUCUGAACAGACACCAACCGACAAGAAGCCAUUUGAACAGAAAGCAGGAAAGCUAAAGGAGAAAUAUGAGAAGGAUGUUGCUGCAUAUCGGUCAAAGGGCAGCGGUGAUGUUGCUAAGAAGGUUCAUAGCAGACCAGCAAGCUCAAAGAAGAAGGUUGAGCCAGAAGAUGAUGACGACGAAGAGGAUGAAGAAGAGGAGGAUGAAGAUGAUGAGGAGGAUGACGAAGAUGAUGAGUGAAUGCUUUGCCCGCUGUAAAGAUUGUGUUGAAUCCCAUUGUUUUUGUUUAUUUGCUAAGAAUGUGAACUCAAGUGCAGCUCAUUUUGUUAGCUUGGUUAUAAAAACUGUACAGAAUUGUGUAUAGGUAAUGUGAUUCUUUAGGGAGAACCUAUAUUUUAAUAUAAGGAGUAGUUGGAAGGGCUGUUUAAGUUGAUGCUUCUGAUGUGGGAUGUCUCUGCAUAUUUAAUGGAUUCUAAAGGUAGCCCAAUGUUAGUAACACAGACCCAGUAUACUUUAGUCCUGUAGACCUGGUGCAUUGUACUUUUUUCUAACUUUUUUAGCAACUUUUUUUUUUGUAAUAAAAUAUAUAUAAAUAU